AUGGUAAUUAGUUUUUUAACUUAUCGUUUAUUAUCUAUUCUUAUUGGAAUUCUUUAUCCAUCAUAUCAAACAUAUAAAUCAAUAAAAUAUCAAUAUUAUGAUCAAUAUCAAUCAUUAUUAUGUUAUUGGAUAUUAUUUAGUUUAUUUCAAAUAUAUGAAUUUCUAUUUGAUCAAAUUAUUUCAUUAAUUAUACCAUUUUAUUAUGAAUUAAAAUUAUUUUUUAUUUUUUGGUUAACAUAUAAAAAUAUUUCACAAUUAUUAUUUUAUCAUUUUAUUUUAAUCUAUUUGAAUAAAUAUGAAAAUGAUAUUGAUUAUUUAUUUAAGAAUACAAUAAAUCGUUUAACAGAAUUAUUUCUUAAAUUUAUUGUAUUAAUACUUAAUCAACAACAAACAAUAAUAAAAACUGAUCAAUGUGAAAAUCAAGGUGAUCAUAUACGAUUGAAAACAAAUUUUGCUGCACAAUCUCGAAGAUUAAAUUCUAUUCAACGAAAAUAA